AUGAAGAGCCUUCCGUACUUUUGCCGGGGAGAGGUCGUUCGAGGCUUCGGCAGAGGCAGCAAAGAACUCGGGAUUCCCACAGCAAACUUCCCCGACUGUGUUGUGGAGCACCUACCGGCUGACAUCAGCACGGGGAUCUACUAUGGAUGGGCCUGCGUUGGCAACGGUGACGUGCACAAGAUGGUGAUGAGUAUCGGCUGGAACCCAUACUACAAGAACACCAAAAAGUCCAUGGAGACCCAUGUGAUCCACAAGUUCAAAGAAGACUUCUAUGGAGAGACACUCAGCGUGGUCAUGGUGGGUUACAUCCGUCCGGAGAGAAGCUACGACUCACUGGAGGCACUGAUCGCUGCCAUCAACAACGACAUCUCGGAAGCCAAGGUCCAGCUCGAUCGACCCGAGCACCUCAAGCUGCGGGAUGACAACUUCUUCACUAGCUAUUCCGCUUCCUCUUCCACGGGCUCCUCCUCUCCUUCCUCUGCCCCACAGACGUUCAUCAACGGACACUGA